AGAUAAUCUCCCUUUGUUUGAGCCGAGCUCAUUUACAACCUUUUAUUUCUACAGUUGCAUCAUUAGAUACCAUCGAACUUGUGGUGUUUCACUUGCACGUAGUCAUUAAUUAUGACGGGAAUUCCUCUUUAUGGUAAGGAUCCCAUUCAAGACAAUUUAUUACAUAUGGAAAUAGCAACACAUAUUUCUGGUAACGGAAUUUAUCAGAUGGUUGACACUCGCCAACAAAGGGGUGAACAAAGUAGUGAAAAAUGUCUUAAAUGUAAUUACUGUAAUAAGAUGUUUGAAAGUAAUGGAGACCUACAGAAGCACAUAAGAACACACACAGGUGAUAAGCCCUAUAUAUGUGAUGAAUGUGGUAAAGGCUUUAGUCAGAGCAGUAAUCUACGUACACACAUGGGAAUACAUACAGGUGAAAAAAAUCACGAAUGUAAUAUGUGUGGUAAGUGUUUCCGUCUGAAAUCCUGCUUACUGGAACAUGUAAUGAGAAUGCAUACUGGUGAAAAAAAUUACAAAUGUGAUGUAUGUGGAAAAGGAUUUUACACCAAGCCUAAUCUGAGGAGUCACAAGAGAAAACAUACAGGUGAUAUACCUAAUUACAACAUAAGGGUAUAUAUCGCCGAAAAACCUGAGAACAGUAAUGGAAUACCCUCUUAUAUCGCAGAUAAACCUGAUAACGGUAAUGGAGGUGAUAUCGCCGAUAAACCUGUUAACAGUAAUGGAGGUGAUAUCGCCGAUAAACCUGUUAAAAGCAAUGGAGGUGAUAUCGCCGAUAAACCUGAUCACAGCAAAGGAGGUGAUAUCGCUGACAAAUCUUAUCACACUAAAAGAGGUGAUGAAGGAAAUGAUCUUGAUUUCAUUAAACACAUUAAGGGAAACAUUGCUGGAAAAACUUCUAAAGAUCUUUGCCUCAGUGAUAAAUUAAAUGAACACAUCAAAAGAGAUCGGAAACGUUAUAAAUGUUUUGCAUGUGGAAAGGGAUUUGCAGCGAUUAGUAUUCUUGAAGCACAUGUGAGGACACAUACUGGAGAAAAACCAUUUAAAUGUGAAAUAUGUGGUAAAUCAUUUAGUGAGAAACGAAGCGUAAAGGAACAUUUGCGAAUACACACUGGGGACAAACCUUACAAAUGUUAUCUGUGUGAAAAAGAUUUCAGCAGCAGCAGUAACCUUCAAAAACACGUUAGAACGCAUAGUGGUGAAAAACCUUUUGAAUGUUAUGUUUGUGGAAAGCAUUUUUCUUCGACAAGUGUGAGAAAGGCUCACAUACGUACUCAUACGGGUGAAAAACCAUAUAAAUGUAACAUUUGCGAUAAAGGAGUUACUUCUUCUAGUAGCUUACAGGAGCAUAUAAGAACACACACAGGCGAAAAACCAUACAACUGUGAUGUUUGUGGGAAGAGAUUUACUAAAUCUAGUAACUUACAUGUACAUAUGAGAACGCAUACUGGUGAAAAACCAUAUUCAUGCUCUAUAUGUGAUAAACUGUUUAACACAAGUAGUAAUCUCUACAAACACCAGAGACAGCACACGGAUAAAGAUGAUAAAGCGUACAUGAGUGAUGAAUGCAAUAAACUUGGCGUUUAAACAUUGAAUGUGAUCAAGUGUGAGAGACGGACAUAAGAUAACUUAUUGAUAUUUGUGAUGAAUUUGCAUGUAAGAGUAGAAAUUCAAACAAAGGCCCACAAUAGAUAUCAGCAAUAGAUCAAUUACUGGCCAUUUGACGCUGAUAACAAACCGCCUGUGGCCGUAUAGAUACAACCAUAAAGGACUUUGACUGGUGACAUUCGUGGCUUUCACCAACAAUAACACAUAUAUUAAUAUAAUAGUAAUUAACACACGCAUAUAUGCCGAAUAUCUUUGGAGAGUUUUAAUACUCUUCGCCAUAAUUGGUAUUUUCUUCGUGAUCUAACAAAGCGUUAAGCGACAUAUUGUAAUUUUACAAUGUACCAUGUAUAAAUUAAUGAAAGAUGUUGUUCGAUAUUGAGUGUUAAAAAAUACAUGUAUGUUCGAAAUAUCAA